AUGAUGGUGGUGACGCUGGCGGCGGCGCCGGCGCUGUGGUCGGCGGGCGCCGUGCUGUCGGUGACCGCUGUAUCGGCCUGGUGGUUCAGCUACUGGCGGCGGCGCGGCGUGCCACAGCUGUGGCCGCUGCCGCCGUACGGCGACGGCUGGGGCUGCGUGCUGCUGGCGCGCGACAUCGGCGCGCAGCUGUCUCGGCUGUGCUCCACGGCCGCGUCGGCGUCGGCGCCGGUGCUGGGCGUCUACCUGCUGUGGCGGCCCGUGCUGCUGGCCAGGAGCCCGCAGGCGGCGGCGGCGGCGCUGCGCGCGCUGCACGACCACGGGCUGGCCGCCAACGUGCCGCCGCCCCGCGGGCUCUUCCACCAGGCGGGCGGGCGGUGGCGACGCUCCCGAGAGCUGCUCGUGCCCGCCUUCUCCGGCACCACGCUGCGCGCCAUCUUUCAGCAGACGCUGCAGCCGGCAGCGGAGCGCCUCGGCCGCCGGCUCGCUUCCAGCUCUUCCCGUAGCGGCGCCACCGUCGCCGACGCGCACCGCCUGGCCAGCGACUUCGCCGCGGAGGUCAUCGCCGAGGCUGUGCUGGGCCUGCGUAGGGCUCCAGGGGACGCAGACCACCCGGCACUGUGA